AUGCCUCCAAAUUGUUUAGCCAUAUCAGGGACCCUCACCCCAUUCUUAUACCCGUUCGUAUUUUCCGCUACAGCUAGAAGAAGCUCGAGAUUCGUAUUCAAUUCCCUCCAGCGUCGCAAUGAAACCACAAACGCGACCACGAUCACAGCGACGGACGAUUCCUCCCAGCCAACAUACGAAGAAGGUUCUCAUCUCAACCCUCCUCCCAGCGACUAUUCCCGUACUAUUUUCACCGAUAAAGCAACAAUAAAUGCGCAUGCUGGAUCAGGCGGACACGGGUGCAUUUCGUUCUUACGCGAGAAGUACAUCGAGGCAGGACCUGCGAAUGGAGGCGACGGCGGCAGUGGAGGCAAUAUAUACAUCCAAGCAGUUCGCGGCGAGACAAGCUUGCACAAGCUUGCGCGACGCAGUAUAUUGAAGGCUGGUCGUGGGAAGAAUGGGCAGGGCAAAACUCGGGGUGGCGAACGAGGCGACGACAUCGUUAUCCAAGUUCCGGUCGGGACUGUCGUGCGGGAAAUUGAGAGAGAGGACCCUGUGUUUAUCGAGGAGCAGAGGAUGAAGCUGGAGGCUGGGAAGCGGGAUGGCGAGGAUCCCAAUGGGCCCUGGAAAUGGAGUCGAGAUAAGUGGUUGCUUUAUCCUGCCGUGACACCGGAGGAUAUUGCUACCGCAGAAUUUCCUACUCUCCCCAAGCCUAGGAGACCAGCGCUAGCUGUCGCCCAAGUGAAGUCCCCUAUUUCCCUCGAUCUGAGUGUUCCCAUGGACAGGCCAAUUCUGCUUGCUGCGGGAGCUGUGGGUGGGAUGGGAAAUCCUCAUUUUGUCACCAGGACUGUACCCCGGCCGAAAUUCGCUACAAAGGGAUCAACGGGCAUGAGGGUCAUGUUGCAACUGGAAUUGAAGCUUCUCGCUGAUGUUGGGCUUGUCGGGCUUCCGAAUGCUGGCAAGAGCACGCUUUUGAGGGCUAUGAGCAAGAGCCGAGCGCGGGUAGGGGAUUGGGCAUUUACAACUCUACAGCCUAACAUUGGGACUGUAGUCCUAGAUGACCAUCAGGGCAGACCUGUAGCACGAUCAACGCUGGAAACCGGUGAGCCACGAACAAACUACACGAUCGCCGAUAUUCCCGGACUCGUCCAAGAUGCCCAUCUUGAUCGUGGUUUAGGAAUAAGUUUCCUACGCCACGUCGAGCGUGCACGAGUCCUCGCCUUUGUCAUUGAUCUCAACGCCGGCGAUGCAGUACAAGCCCUGCGAGCUCUCUGGAAAGAAGUCGGCGAAUACGAGCGAAUGAAAAUCCAGGAAGAGACGGAGCUUACAGAGCCACUCGUCGAAUGGAGUCCAUUCCGCUGCACAGAAGAUGCUUUGAAUAAUCGGCAGGAGACAAUAAUCGUUAAUACUGGACCGACCUUUGACUCCCCGCUAGCUCCACAGGUACCAAGUAUUGCUGGAAAGCCUUGGUUCGUGGUUGCUACUAAAGCAGACUUACCGGAAACGAGGGAGAAUUUUGAGAAGCUACAGAUAUAUUUGGAUGCCGUUGGAAAGGGGGAGUGUGAGCAUCCAAGUGGACAGAAGAAUUUCUGGGAUCAGAAAGUAGAGGCCAUCCCUAUCAGUGCCAUCAAUGGGCAUGGGACCAACAAGAUCACCGAUUGGGUUGUGGACCUUUUGGAUCGGUAG